AUGACUGCUAUUUCUUUCCCUCCUAAACCUCCCCCGCUUUCCGAGGUUAUUGCUCGUCUUGAGGACCUUGUCUCUGUUCAAGUCCCCAAGUUUGCGUCGCCUGAGAAGGUGGACGAGUGGUUCAAGGCUGCUCGACAGGUUAUCGACCAGAUAACUAUUCACUACCACGAUAUUCGUGGGUCCCAAUCGUUUACUAGGUUGACACGUAAGAUCACCAUCUUACUUCGCGUUCACGAUUAUUAUAGUGCGUGGGCACGUUUGCGACUACACUCUCGACGUGGAGGUUCCACUUUUGACAGUUCUCUGUCUCCUCUCUCUCUCCCGCUCGAGGGCUUCCGUGAACCGCCUCCGCGUUUCCCAUCGCCACCGCCGUCUCCUUCUGACGACGACGUCCCUAUGUCUGGCCCCAACCCAUCUCCUUGCAUCGUACAAGGUUCGCCAUCCUGGGGUCGUUCCUCCUGGUCCAUUACAACUUCGCAUCCCUCGUCCGACGACGAGAAUGCUACUGUUCAUGGAACUACACCUUCGAUUUCGAAGGGUCCGGGUUCUAAGACGAAUGGAUCCGAGGUCGGUGGUUGGUUUGCUACUGGUCCCGGUGAUUGGGAUCCGCUGCCGACUAUCGAAGAUUUGGCUGCUAAGCAAGGUACCUUAGGUGAUGCCCAGGCUAUCGCCGACAAGAUUUCUGAGCGAGUCGCACCUCGCACUCCGUUUGAGGGUCAGGCUUUCGGGUCUUCGUUCUGCGCCUUCUGCAGUGGCACCCCUCGUCAUGCUGCACAUGAAUGUCCAGCCAGGAGUACCAAGGCUUUCCAUAUUAUUGCGACUGAGAAGAUUGACUCGAUGGUGUUUGCUGAUGAGCCUGGGAUGCAUCCUGGAACUUUUGGGGUACGCUUUGAUCUGCGGUUGGGGAAGGAGAAAGAGGCUUGGGUUAGGUCAUUGAUGGUCAACUGA